CUCCUGACUCAAGAGCAGAAGAGCUUCCAAGGCGCUUCAAACAACGCAAGUUUACGUGCAAUGUGGAGUUCUUUGGAGCUGACAUUGGCUCAAGGGGUGGUAAGCACGCUCGUUUGAUUCGACGGAAUGUGAGGUUAUUGGGAGGAGCUUGGAGGGGCUUGCUGUUCUGAUGGUAUCUGCUGAAACUCCUUCGAAAGGUCCAGUGGCGUGGCAGAACGUAGCAAUACUGCCUCAGAACCUGUACCACUAGCACGCGCUAAGGCCUGAGCAUACAUAAAGGAUUGAGGCACCGAGGAAAGUUUGUGGUCAAGCCAUCAGACUUCCUGUGAGAUUCAGGCAGCCAGACAAUGUCAAUUCAGUCUGCCAUAACUCGUAAUGCGUUGGUGCAGUUUGGAGUUCAUCAAAGAAGCUUCUUCAAGAGCUGUCCUCGUGUAAUCGGGCCCCUACGAAGAGGUUCAGCUUUCUUCUACGAUAGAUCCUGCUUAGACUAUCCACCUGAAGUGCUCACAGGGGGAAAAAGCAGAAUUAAGCCGGCUGAGUGUAACUCUUCUCUUCUCUGUACACUGCACCUUGAUUCACCCGGGUUCCUUGAUCAGAAGCAGGAAGCCAGGACAAUCAGUCACCCCCAAGAAAGCAGCCGCCCUGGUUCAUUAGCAAAGUGCAUUCGGAAUCGGCGAAACCCCCCCCCAGCCCUAGUUUUUGGAGGUCACAAAGUCAGAGCACAGUCCCAUAGGUUCGUAACCACGAUGGCAACAUCAGGCACUGAAGCAAGUUUAUCUGAAAAGCAAUUGCUAACGUCACUUGGCUGGAACCUGAUCAGCAGGCGUUCCCCAGCAUGUGUUGGCACACCAGAGGCCGAAAUAGACACCCCCGCACUAGUUGUAGACCUAGACAUCAUGGACCAGAACAUAGACACGCUGAACUCUCUCCUGAAAGCGCACCCAAAUGCGCGUCCAAGGCUCCACGCCAAGGCACACAAGUCGCCGGGAAUAGCGCGUAUGCAGAUAGAAAAGCACGACGCUGUCGGGGUGUGUUGCCAGAAGCUGGCGGAGGCGGAGGCAAUGGUCGCGGGGGGCGUUCCGGACGUCCUGAUCUCAAACGAAAUCGUCCAGCGCCCGAAGCUGAAAAGGCUUGCUGAGCUGGCAACACACGCCAAGAUCUCCAUCUGUGCUGAUGACAUCGCCAACGUGCGUGACAUCAGCGCGGCCGCGUCAGAGGCUGGAAUGCAGAUCGGUGUCUUGGUGGAGGUCAACGUCGGUCAGAACCGCUGCGGGGUUGACACUCCCUCGGAAGCAGUGGCGCUAGCACAGGAGAUAGUGUCUCUUCCAGGACUGGAGUUUGCAGGGAUCCAAGCCUAUCAUGGGGGAAUCCAGCAUGUCAGGGAGCGGGAGGAGCGGCAACUAGCAGUGGAGAAAGUUGUGGCUAAGGCGAGGGAAGCAGUGGAUGCGCUGCGAGAAGCGGGGUUGGAGUGUCCGGUGGUCACCGGGGGCGGCACAGGGACGUUCGAGUUCGAGGCUGCGAGCGGGGUUUACACGGAGGUCCAACCCGGCUCCUACCUCUUCGGUGACGCCGACUACGCCCGCAACGACUGUCCCUGGCAGCAGAGCCUCUUCGUUCAAACCACGGUUAUGAGUGUUAACCCGUCCCGCGGAACCGCGGUCAUCGACGCGGGCUUGAAGGCGUCAUCUUUCGACUCCGGGCCGCCUCUGCUUGCUGGGUCCUUGGGGAAAUGUUUCGACGUCGAAAACGGGGGAGAUGAGCACGGUAUACUCGUGCCAAAAAGCGGGGUGCAGGGGACUGUACAAUUGCCGAAGGUCGGCGAAGUGGUCCGGCUAAUUCCUGGGCACUGUGAUCCGACCGUAAACUGUCACGACUUUCUAGUUGGUGUUAGGAAAGGCCAGGUGGAGGUGGUGUUCGAGAUUUCAGGGCGGGGCCCUGGCUUUUGAUAGCCCUCAGUGUGUCUAGGCUGGUUACUCCCGUAAGAUUGGAACGUCUUCUGUACAUACAGAGCUUCGUUUGCGUUUGUAAUCUAUCCGUGGGGUGCUGACAAUACACAACGAAGACUUGGAUCAACUGUAAAUCUUCAGCAAUCGUAUUCAACGAUAUCAUGGCGAAG